AUUAGAUAACGGAUAUAAUGUUAACCGAGAACCACUGCUAAUUAUAAGCGCAUGUGUUCGAAAAGUGCAAUGAUUUACCGUCGUAUUUUAGUACCACUAUGCCUUUCGUGAACGGAUACGAGUCUGCAAGACAGCUAAAUGUUAAGCUAGCAAAGCUAGCCACUUUCCCAGCUAACGAUAAUAAUAAUAGAAAUUCCUGAGUUGACAAGUCUACAAUGGGAGGGGUGAAACAAGAACUGAGUGAUGCCCCUGCAUCUAAGAGUACUCAUCAUUCAGACUCCACGCAGGAAGAAAAAAACCUUUCACUUACUGCACAGCCCGUAAAGAAGCGUGGCUGGCCCAAGGGGAAAAAGAGGAAGAAGGUGUUACCCAAUGGUCCUAAGGCACCAGUGACUGGAUACGUGCGCUUCCUGAAUGAACGACGGGAACAGAUUCGUGCCUUGCAUCCUGACCUUCCUUUCCCUGAAAUCACCAAGAGACUUGGGGCAGAAUGGAGCCGCCUCGCUCCCCAUGACAAACAGCGUUACCUGGAUGAGGCUGAACGAGAAAAAAUGCAAUAUGCACGGGAACUAAGAGAGUAUCAGAAAAGUGAAGCCUACCAGCUCACAAAUGCAAAAAUUCAGGACAAAAAAAUUAAGAAAGAGGAGUUAACAUCUGUCAUUAUCAAUGCCAAUAGUUCAGGAUCGGCCACUUUCAAGAGUUCAGAUUUGUCCAACAGAUUUGACGUGCCGAUUUUCACUGAGGAGUUCCUGGACCAGAACAAAGCACGAGAGGCAGAGCUUCGGCGUUUGCGGAAAGCUAACAUGGAGUUUGAGGAGCAGAACGCUGUCCUGCAGAAGCAUAUAGCCGAUAUGUUCAGUGCCAAAGAGCGGUUGGAAGCUGAGCUUGGCCAGGAUGAGCUCCGCACGCAAGCUUUGCAUCGCCGCUUGCAGGCUAUCAAACAGACACUGGUCAGCAGUCUGGCCUCCGUGCCCCUGCCAGGUACAGGUGAGACCCCCUCAGUUGGAACUCUGGACUCUUAUCUGAGCCGUUUGAGCAAUGCCUUAGAAAGCAGUCCUCAUGAGCACCGGGCCCUGCUGCUCAAGCUCCAAGAGCUUUUGGCUCAUUUAGACAGUGAGAAACUCUGAGAACCAUGUGCAGCUAUGCAGCAGAUGGGAUGAGAGUGUUCACUUAAGCGGUCUGAAAGUGCCAGGAGGGCAGUUUCACCCCAGUAACUUGGAGAAAAUCUUUGCCUUACAAGGUGUAGCAAUGGUGCCUGAAGAUCUAACUGGACACACUUGGAACCUAGUUCUUUUGUAUUUUUGUUCCCUCAAAUUGAUAGGUUCACUGUGAAUAAUGUCUUAUCAUUUUUGUUUUAUGAUAUGUAAAACUCAUUGUGUGAAAACAUUGGCUGGUGAAUACAUUCUCCAAAUUAGGUCAACUAUUCUUUAUUCUUCACUGCUAUAGACUAGCAUAAUGGCUCAUUUGCCUAAUUUACCUACACCUCUUCAAAAAUAACCUUUCCUUUUUUAUUUCAGGAACGUAAUUAAAUUUUCAUUACUCAGUACUAGAUGGAAUUACGUUUCAGAAUUUCCAGUAAAUUAUUAAACUGAAAUUGAACUUUUCCUGUCUGAUUUCAGACUGUUUACAAUGAUGUAUAUAUUUGAAUAGAAAUAUGUUCCCAUUGGUACUGUGAGAUUGAAUCAGGGAAUGUUUCAAUUGUUUCAGUGUGAUAAUAAAUGAAAUGUACAAUUCUUUCAUAUUUUAAAAUGUUCACCAAUUAGUUUAUUAUUAUUUUUCUUUAAAUGUGUAAUGUUUGAAUGUUGUAAUUUCAUUGAACGUCCUAUAUAUUAAUGCUUUCACUGUUCCACAUGAUGUUACAACAACAUUAAAUGUUAUAAAUGAUAAAAUAGGGAUGCAGAUGGUAUUUGGACAGUGGCAUAGUUUUGUUUAUUAUUGUUUUUUUGUUAUUAUUGUUUUUAAUCAAGGAUACGAUUAAUUUUCUUUUUGCCUCUGUUUCUUGGCAAGUAUUUUUAUAUGGAAAUUAUGACAUUUCCAUGAGAUCUAUUGAUUGAUUAAAACCGUAAACAGUGAGGAGAAGAGACUUUGUUUGCUCUCAAGAAUAAUUUUGUAAAUGUAAUAUGUUUGGUGAAACUCUGCCGAUAUCAAACAUUAAAAAUAAUGUUUAAAGGCC